CUUUCCUGUGAGACCUGCGCUGCAAGGAGGUGGGAAGCAAUACAAGAGCAACAAACCAGUGGGAGGAAAAGCUCUCCACACACGCAGCAGAACAAAGGAAGAGAGACUAGCCAUGAACUAUACUCUGGAGACCACCAGGCAGAAAGAGAAACUUCUGAAGACUGUUUACAUGCUCCAAGUGAAAUCAGACACUACACUCCAGAAAGCAAGCCCACUUCUGAGCAACCAUUAUGGGAUGGGCAUGGUGACAGAACACCAAGUCCACCAGCUGGCUGAGAAGGCCAAAGUUAUCUGCCAUGACCUGGACAACAUCAGAAACCACCUCCACUACCAACAAAAUGACCUGGUUCAGCAGAUUCCCAACCCCAAUGGCUGCCGCUAUGGCGGACCAAGCGGAAUCCAUUGCUCGCUGGAUGGCUCUAUCUAUGUGACUAGUGAGAAUGCACCCUGGGUCCACAUCCUCACUCGCUCAGGUCAGACUUUGCAGUCCUUGCCAUGUGUGGAACAGGGAAGGGAAAGUGAAUCCUUUUUGCCAGAAGAUGUGACUGUGACUCGGGCAGGGAUGGUGGCUGUAACCAAUAUGAUGAACGGGACCAUCCACAUCUUCAACCAUCACUCCAAAUUCUCCAAAGGGGAAUGGAUCAAAAUCGGGAAGGUUGAUUCUCCCAGGGGUAUUGCAGUGGACUCCACAGGAAGGAUCCUGGUAGCAGACUACACUCAGGGCAAAGUCCACAGUUUUGUUCUGGACCACACCUUCAAGAUACAGAGUACCCACUCUGUCUCCAACCUGCGUGGACCCCGCUACGUCUGCUUGGCACGUGAUGGUGGGUUCAUUGUGAGUGAGGAAUGUGGUGAUGUCAAGCUCUUCAAUAGCAAUCAUAAGCUGGUGGGCUCCCUUGGCUGCAGAUACGGGCACCAGUUUGGCAACCCAGCUGGGGUCUGUGCCGACGUAGAAGGCAACAUCAUUGUGGCAGAUGAACAGCACCGAGCAGUCCACCUGUUCCCCAAAAGCGGGUCUCCCAUCUGCGUGGUGUCUAAGGGGCUGCGGAAGCCUGCAGGAGUGGCUUGUUCCAACUCUGGGCUUCUUUUAGUAGCAGACUCUGGGGAUAAUUGUGUCAACGUUUUUAAAUACCGUGUGAGGCCCCCCUAUAGUCCCAAUAAUCCGUGGACAGCCAGUGGCAGCUCAAACCCAGCUCCUAGAUAGGGCUCAACAGUUCUGCAUUGAAACAAUUUAUUUCAGUUAUUCCAGUUUAUAUAUUUCAGUUAAUCCAGUGCCCCGUGUGAUUGACUUACAGUGACAUCUGCUGGCAGAGACAAGAACUGGGACCCCUGAAUUCUACCUGAGUUAUUUGGAUUGGGUCACCUCCACUACAGUAGCUUAAGGUGUGUCAUUAUUAUUCAGAAUUCCCUCUCAUCCCUCCUGCACGUAAAUGCUAUUCCCUUCCAGCUGCUAGUAUAGCUACCUGUCAUCAAUACAUACCAAUCUCAGACUGGCUGGGUCUUCACAUUUAUGGCAUCAAGGAAGAUGGUGUGAAUUGAGAAUCAAGUCUAGGUCAGAAACAGGGUAGCAAUGUCCACUGUGUGUAGUUCACAACAGCCGUCAUCAGGAUGGAGUUAAACAUUAAAGAUAAUUGAUUAUUUGUGGGUCAGAUGGUUUUGUUUGGCCUUUAUGUUUUAGACAGUACCAAGGGCAUUGAGUACACUGCACAUCCCAGGGCUGGAAAAAUAUUCACAGAAAGCAAGGAGUUCAGAAUAAAGACACUAAAAAGUUUACUGUCUGAGAUCACCAAAUUUCUAUAGUGAUCAUGAUACACAUGCACACACAACCAGGACUGAGCGCCCCACAUUUGUGCAGUGAGCAUCCCACACACAUACAAUAACACACACCUACACAACUGCACCAUGGGGACUGAGUGUCUCACACUUUUGCAAUGCGCAUCACACACACACACACAACUGUCAUUGACUACUCCAUAGUCCUGUAGUGAAUGUUGCACAGACACACUCCACAACUGGCAUUGAGUGCCCUACACUUGGUAGUGAGCAUUGCAAACUCCACAGCUGGGGUUGAGCCCCACAUCUUUCUGUCAUGCCACAUUUGCCUGCCACCUUGGACAGCCAAGAGCAGGAGUCUGUGAAGCGCACACACAAACCUUAUCAGCAAAGGGCAACAUGCUGCAGAAGUGGUGUGGGAGGGAAGGAAGAAGGUGUCCCAACCAGGGGGGGUUGUGUGGGUUACGGUCAUUUCACAGCCCUCCCCAGGCUUUGUAACUGACACAAUGUAGCUGGAGUAAGCUGUUCAGACACCACUCACUCCCACAUCACCCAGGCCAUGGUGGAGUUACUCUUUCA